AUGGCGCACGCCGACGCUCAAUCUCCAGCGUCGAAAAAGCUCGAGUCGAAGCUCAAGAAAUCGAAGGAUUCUACUGGAGUGGAAAGUGCAGAGGUGCAAGAAAACUCUACCACCACCGAAAAUGACACCAAGUCCGACAAGAAGGAGAAAAGGAAGCGCAAGAAGUCAACUUCCGAUGAUGCGACACCCGGGACAGACAGCGAAUUGAAGAAAAAGAACAAGCGCCGCCACACCGAAGACGAAAAUGACCAGAAGGACAAGGAUUCCGAAUCUCACAAGAAAAAGAAGAAGCGAGUCUCAUUUGGACCCGGAACAAAAGAAAAUGACGGCGACUCUGAAAGCGACUCUGACGCCGUUGACAGCAAUGAGGCUGCCACUACCGACGGAGCCGAGGCAGACAUCGAAGACAAAGAGGCAGACAAGGCGCUUGAAGAGAUGAAGAAGCGCAAGCGGGAGAAGAAGAAGCAAAGAAAGACCGGUGCUGCCUCAACCGAAGGGCAGAUCCAUGAGACACCUAUUCUCUCCUACUUGAGUCACUACCACCGAGCACGCGCGACAUGGAAGUUCCAAAAGAAUCGCGAAACCAAUUUGUUCAAGCAUCUGUAUUCGCUUGAGCAUGUCCCCGCUCGUUACAACACUUCUCUGUUGGUCUACAUCCAGGGACUGAAGGGUGACGCUGCCAAGCAACACAUGGAUCUUGACAAGCCAAAGGAUGAUGAGGCAGAGGAAUCUACAAACCCUGGCUACCUGGAAGCCAUCAACGCGUUCCGGGAACGUUUGACCGAGGGCAGUGAGAAUCUGGACACUCCCAACAUUGAAGAACUCAACGGAGACGCUCAGAAGCGUUUGCCAAAGAGGCUGCGAGCAGAGCUGGUCUUUUUCGCUCUCUCUGGCAAGCUCUUCAGCGCCGAGGACGCGAAACCAAAGCCGAAACCCAAAAUUACCGAACCCCCAGCAAACAAGAAACGGAAGAACCGAACAAUGGUUGUCGAUAUCAGCAGCAGUGAGAGCGACGGUGACGAUGAUACCCCGGCCUCGAAGAAGACGAUCAGCAAGUCUGCACCGGAUAGCAGUGAUGACGAGACCUCAUCGAGCGGCAGCAGCAGCAGCGACAGCAGUGACAGCGAGGACUCUGAUGCCCCCGCCCCUGCUAAAAAGGCUGCACCGACUUCUUCUGCUCCCAGUGAGUUUGUGUCUUCAAAGAAGAACAGCAAAGCCAGGAAGGAGAAGUUUGUGCCUGAAAAGAAGGCUGCGCCUGCGGUGCCCAAGAGGACCCAGAAGCGAAAGCUUAGAACUGCUCAGAUCGAGAUCUCAAGCAGUGAAAGUGAUAGCGAUUAG